AUGGCUCUCUCUUUGUCCAACUUCUUUAUUGUAAGCGUUUCGGUUCUCCUCUCAUUUGUGACGGCUGCUACUCGCACCUACAAUUUCACGGCAGGCUGGGUCAUCAGAAAUCCAGAUGGACAGUUCGACCGGCCAACCAUUGGUAUCAAUGGGCAAUGGCCACUGCCUCGAAUUGAGGCCACCGUGGGCGACAGAGUCGUUGUGAAUCUGAAAAAUGAUUUGGGAAACCAGUCCACAUCGAUCCACUUCCAUGGUUUAUUCAUGAAUGGCACAAAUCAUAUGGAUGGCGUGCCCGGCACCACCCAAUGUCCCGUGCCCCCUGGAGCCAGCUUUACAUAUAAUUUCACGGUAAUCCAGCCAGGCACCUACUGGUACCAUUCACACAUGGAUGGACAGUAUCCUGAUGGCCUACGAGGGCCACUUAUCGUUCAUGAUCCCGAGAAUCCAUACGCGGAUCUCUACGAUGAAGAACUGGUCUUGACACUUUCCGACUGGUAUCAUGAUCAAAUGCCAGGUCUCAUCAAGAAAUUUCUAAGUGUGACGAACCCGACGGGAGCGGAGCCAGUGCCGCAAUCUGCUUUGAUGAACGACACACAGAACCUCCAGAUUCCGGUGCAAGCAGGGCGAACAUAUUUCCUGAGAAUCAUCAACAUGGCCGCCUUUGCCGCGCAAUACUUCUGGAUCGAAGGUCACACGUUCCGUAUCAUCGAAGUCGAUGGCGUCUACCACGAACCCGCCGAGGCGAGCAUGAUCUACGUCACAGCGGCGCAGCGGUAUGGUGUCCUUCUGACCACCAAGAACGAAACCGAUAGCAACUUUGCAAUUAUGGGUUCCAUGGACCAAGAACUGUUCGAUCAGAUCCCCGACGGCCUGAACCCCAACGUCACCUCGUUUCUGGUUUACGACAAGUCCAAGCCGAUGCCUACACCCAGGGAAAUCGACACUUUCGAACCCUUUGAUGAUAUGACACUGGUCCCAACCGACGGCGAGGAACUGUAUGAAAACCCCGACUUAGUCGUCCAACUGGACGUGGUCAUGGACAACUUGGGUGAUGGCGCGAACUACGCCUUUUUCAACGGCAUCACCUACGUGCGGCCCAAAGUGCCAUCCCUCUACACGGCCUUGACGACAGGCGACCUCGCCGCAGACCCCAUAGUGUACGGCGUCAACACCAACUCGUACGUAUUGGGUCAUAACGAAGUCAUCGAGAUCGUCCUCAACAAUCAAGACCCUGGCAAACACCCCUUCCACCUGCACGGACAUAAUUUCCAGACCAUCGUUCGCGGCGACGACGAUUCAGGCAACUACGACGCCAACGCCGUGCUGAAUGGUUCGGUCAUACUCCCUCGUCGGCCCAUGCGUAGAGAUGUCAUCCUGGCGCGCCCUAACGGCCAUAUCGUCAUGCGCUUCAAGAGCGAUAAUCCCGGCGUAUGGUUUUUCCAUUGCCAUAUUGAAUGGCACGUUGAUUCGGGGUUGAUCAUGACGUUCGUCGAGUCCCCACUGAUCCUCCAGCAAACCCUAACGAUCCCUGACGACCACUUCACCGCCUGCGCCGCUUCGGAUCCGCCCAUGCCGACACGUGGUAACGCGGCCGCGAACACGGAGGAUUUCCUGGAUCUCACUGGCGCCAAUGUCUCACCGGCCCCGCUCCCCGAUGGGUUCCAGACAAAAGGCAUCGUAGCGAUGACGUUCAGUAUCCUCGCGGGGUUGUUAGGUGUGGCGGUCGUGGCGUGGUAUGGGAUGGGUGAAAUGGGCGAGAUUGCGAGGGAAAGACAGGGUUUAUUGGUCGAAAAGGUCGCGAAGGAAAGGGGGCUGGGUGCGGAUGGCGCCGAUCCGCAAACAUAUGUAAGUGUUGCGGGCAAGGAUGUGGCAAGGGACGCGGAUCAGAUAACGAGCGUUCGUUGA